AUGUGCUACUAUGGCAGCUACUUUGGUGGCCUGGGCUAUGGCUAUGGCUGUGGUUGUGGCUAUGGUGGCUAUGGUGGCUAUGGUGGCUAUGGUUAUGGCUGUUACCGCCCCCUGUGCUGUAGAAGAUACUGGUCCUAUGGCUUCUACUGA